UGCAGGCGCCGGGUUCCCUUUUGUCGCGCGGCCCUAUAGUUCCGGCUGCGGCGCGCGAGCGGAAGGUUGAUGAGGACGGACCGUGGCCGCCGCAAUGGGCGCAGGGCUGGACGUUUCGACAUGAAAUUGUAUGUGGGCAGUCCGGUGGGACUCAGCAGAGCAGGGGGAGUCGGGCUGGCAGGAAAGCCGGAGAGGAGCCCACAGCAACCAAGAAGCAGUGAAUCAGAUAAAGGGAGAAUGAUUACAGAGGAUCACUAAGAAAAGUGGCCUGUAAGCAUUUCUCUGUUUAUAGCUGGCUGCCUGUUUGCUUUGUGAGUGAGAACACUGGGAUCAUUUUCAUCAUGCCAACAGUGGUGGUAAUGGAUGUAUCUCUUUCCAUGACUCGACCUGUGUCUAUCGAGGGGUCUGAAGAAUACCAGCGUAAGCACCUAGCAGCCCAUGGUUUGACAAUGCUGUUUGAGCACAUGGCCACAAAUUACAAGCUUGAAUUUACAGCCCUGGUAGUUUUUUCAUCACUUUGGGAGUUGAUGGUCCCCUUCACAAGAGAUUAUAAUACCUUACAGGAAGCACUAAGUAAUAUGGAUGAUUAUGACAAAACCUGCUUGGAGUCUGCAUUAGUUGGUGUUUGCAAUAUCGUUCAGCAAGAGUGGGGUGGUGCAAUUCCUUGCCAGGUUGUUCUGGUGACAGACGGCUGUCUUGGCAUUGGUAGAGGGUCACUACGACAUUCCCUAGCUACUCACAAUCAACGAAGUGAGAACAACAGAUUUCCACUACCUUUUCCUUUCCCAUCUAAGUUAUAUAUCAUGUGCAUGGCAAAUUUGGAGGAGCUUCAGAGCACCGAUUCCUUGGAAUGCCUUGAACGUCUCAUAGAUUUAAACAAUGGCGAGGGACAGAUUUUUACUAUUGAUGGUCCCCUGUGCUUGAAAAAUGUACAGUCUAUGUUUGGAAAACUGAUAGACCUGGCAUAUACACCUUUCCAUGCUGUUCUCAAAUGUGGCCAUCUAACCGCUGAUGUACAAGUCUUCCCCAGGCCAGAACCUUUUGUCGUAGAUGAAGAAAUUGAUCCUAUCCCUAAAGUCAUUAAUACAGAUUUGGAAAUAGUGGGAUUUAUUGAUAUAGCCGAUAUUUCAAGUCCCCCAGUUCUGUCCAGACAUCUGGUCUUACCUAUAGCACUUAACAAAGAAGGCGAUGAGGUGGGUACUGGCAUCACUGAUGACAAUGAAGAUGAAAAUUCAGCCAAUCAGAUUGCAGGCAAAAUACCCAACUUUUGUGUCCUGCUUCAUGGCAGUCUAAAAGUAGAAGGAAUGGUGGCAAUUGUUCAAUUAGGUCCUGAAUGGCAUGGAAUGCUCUACUCCCAAGCUGACAGCAAGAAGAAAUCAAACCUCAUGAUGUCUCUCUUUGAGCCUGGCCCAGAACCUCUCCCAUGGCUAGGGAAAAUGGCACAGUUGGGUCCUAUUUCAGAUGCUAAAGAAAACCCUUAUGGUGAGGAUGACAAUAAGAGCCCAUUUCCCCUGCAGCCCAAAAACAAACGCAGUUAUGCCCAGAAUGUGACUGUCUGGAUCAAACCCAGUGGCCUGCAGACAGAUGUACAGAAGAUUUUAAGAAAUGCAAGGAAACUACCUGAAAAAACACAGACAUUCUAUAAGGAACUAAACCGUUUACGAAAGGCUGCGUUGGCCUUUGGUUUCCUGGACCUGCUGAAAGGGGUGGCUGACAUGCUGGAAAGGGAGUGCACACUGCUACCCGACACUGCCCACCCCGAUGCUGCGUUCCAGCUGACCCAUGCUGCCCAGCAGCUCAAGCUGGCCAGUACAGGCACCUCCGAGUAUGCGGCUUAUGACCAGAACAUCACACCUUUGCAUACAGACUUCUCUGGGAGCAGCACUGACAGAAUGUGAAGCUGACUCUUGGAGCUUUCUUUUUUCAUUUCAUUUGAAAAUGAUUUAGUUUCCAGUAUAUUCACCUCUGGAAUAGCUACCCAAAGACCUCCCUGCAGCUGACUCAGGAAGGCUAUUUUCAGUGACUCUUAAUGUGACAAUGGUCUGGCUGGUUGGGCUUUAACUUUAGCUCUGGGGACUUAGAAUCUUUAAGCCCUAAAGGUAGCUGUGGUUCCCAUGAUGGGCACAUCUGCUAAGAAGGUGGAAUGACCGAACAGCACAGAGGUCCCCUGCCUUCCUCAGGAAACCUGACUGGCAAGGGUUCUCUGGAUCCCUGAAAGCAUCUUCUCUCCAGUUUUAUAUCUCAACUAUAAAGGCACUUUCAAGCUUUGUUCUUGGGAUGAACAACUCAGACUGUUAGGGACUUGCUAAGUACAAACCCAACACCACUAAGUUUCAGAACUUUCCUUAGGACUUGGGCAAAUUGUGGUCGUGGACCUUAGGUACUUUUGGCAUGUUUUGAGAUACAGACUUUUAAAGAACAACCAUGUAUAAAAUGAUUCCGGUUUCUUCACUUUUUUAAUGAAAAUAAAAUGUUGGAUUUUUUAUAAGAUAGUUUCACUGUGAAACUAA